AAAUCACUUGCCCCGGAACUUCUUUCAAUUCUUCUCUCAAACCUCUUGUCCUGCUCCAGCUCCCUAUUCCAAAACCGAGAUCCAUUGAAUCAGGUCCGGACUCACCUGUGCCCCGAAUAGCCUCGUCGCUGUUCUUCCCCGCAUCUACCCUUGUCAAUCAAUCUCCAACUGGUGUCGGUCGGCUACCCCAAAAAAAAAAUUGACAAUGGCCUCCGUCCUUCGCAGCAGCUCCAAGCUGCGCACUGUGGCUCGUAUGCCCGCUGCUCGUGCUCUCUCGACCACUGCUCGUCUCAGUGCGGCUGAGAAGCCCUUCUUCCCCAAUGAGCCCACUGCUCCCACUGUCGCCACCGCUAUCCCCGGCCCCAAGAACAAGGCCGCGGCUGCCGAGCUCGACGAGGUCUUCGAUGUUCGCUCUCUGAACAUGCUCGCUGACUAUAACGCCUCCGUUGGUAACUACAUUGCUGAUCUCGACGGCAACAAGCUCCUCGAUGUCUACGCUCAGAUUGCCUCCAUCCCGGUUGGCUACAACAACCCCCACCUCAAGGAGGUGGCCCAGUCCCAGGAGAUGAUCACCUCUCUGAUCAACCGUCCCGCUCUGGGUAACUUCCCCUCUGCGGACUGGUCCCACAUCCUGAAGACCGGUAUCCUUCGUGCUGCCCCCAAGGGCCUGAACCAGGUCUUCACUGCCAUGGCCGGUUCCGAUGCCAACGAGACCGCCUACAAGGCUGCCUUCAUGUACUACCGCCAGCUCCAGCGUGGUGGUCCCGAGGUCGAGUUCACCGCUGAGGAAAUCGAGUCGACCAUGAACAACAAGGGCCCCGGCUCCCCCCAGCUCUCCAUCCUGUCCUUCAAGUCUGGCUUCCACGGCCGUCUGUUCGGUUCCCUGUCCACCACCCGCUCCAAGCCCAUCCACAAGUUGGACAUCCCCGCCUUUGACUGGCCCCAGGCUACCUUCCCUCAGCUGAAGUACCCCCUGGAGGAGCACGUCCAGGAGAACGCCGCCGAGGAGAAGCGCUGCCUCGAGGAGGUUGAGCGUCUCAUCAAGGAGUUCCACAACCCCGUGGCCGCCGUCGUGGUCGAGCCCAUCCAGUCCGAGGGUGGCGACAACCACGCCUCGCCCGCCUUCUUCCAGGGCCUGCGUGACAUCACUAAGCGCAACAAGGUUCUCUUCAUCGUCGAUGAGGUGCAGACCGGUGUCGGUGCUACCGGCAAGUUCUGGGCCCACGACCACUGGAACCUGUCUACCCCCCCCGACAUGGUGACCUUCUCCAAGAAGGCCCAGACUGCUGGUUACUACUACGGCAACCCGGCUCUCCGCCCCAACAAGCCAUACCGUCAGUUCAACACCUGGAUGGGUGACCCUUCCCGUGCUCUGAUCUUCCGUGGUAUCCUCGGUGAGGUCGAGCGUCUCAACCUUGUUGAGAACACCCGUACCACCGGUGAUUACCUGUACGCCGGUCUCGAGCGUCUGGCUCAGAAGUACCCCGAGCACUUCCAGAACCUGCGUGGCAAGAACCAGGGUACCUUCAUUGCCUGGGACACCCCCAAGCGUGACCAGUUCCUUGUCAAGGCCAAGUCCGUUGGCGUGAACAUCGGCGGCAGCGGUGCUCAGGCUGUCCGCCUGCGCCCCAUGCUGGUCUUCCAGAAGCACCACGCUGACAUUCUCCUCGAGAGCCUCGAGAAGAUCAUCAAGCUGCUUUAGAUCAUUGAUUUUUGACCGAAGAGGCGAAGCACCGGGGCUAUUGAUACCCAACGGAAUUUGUCUGGGUCCUUUCCAUUGCUUUUUCACUUGGAUUAUAUGAGCGACUUUUCCCCUGUUUUUUGAUAUUUUUCUUUCCUUGCUACGAGUCAUGCCUCCAAAACAGAUUUGCACAAAUUUGGGACUGUACAUCCAUAGACACUUUUAUUAUGUCAUUGUCAUUUGAAUGACUUCAUUUCACAAACUUUCUCCUUGAUCUUGAAGUAUCCGUAUCGAUUUAUGUUGUAAAUCUACAAGCUAGGGGUUCCAACUCCCUGCUUUCUCCGUUCCGUUACUAAAUGCUCGACAGAAAUGAGAAAAUAAAAGCAGCGCAAUGCUUCCAGCCCGUAACUCCUAAUAACCAGCAAAUAUUGUUGUAAUCAUCCACACCGCAAACCUCUGCCAUGAAUUUGUAAGGGGUAUUUGAAAUCAAGGCCGAUAUGAAACAGGCAUGAUGAUGUGUAUCGGCGAGGCUGGGGCGGGAUGGGAAGGUGUCGGUAGUCUAUAGCCCUAGGAUUCUUCUUCGCCAGUGCUUCCGUCGCG